CGCAUUUUAUCCUGGCCCUUUUUCUCUUCUUGGUUUGUGAAGUCAACUCUGUGUUGUUUCAAAGAACACAUUCAUCAAACAACUUGCUUGUUGACUAGUUAAAAAAUGUGGUCUUUUAAAGAAUGUGAACCAAAAUUGUUGCUUUUUAAAAAUGUCACAAAUGCUGGCGAAAUUCGAGAAAGAAUUAUGAAAGCUAGCUUACCUUGCGCUGCCAUUAACCCUCGAUAUGUACUUGAUACCUUUCAAGUAUUGGUGGCUACUCAAUUAGCUGUGAUGAGUCAACAGAAUCAAGCGCUACGAACACAUUCAGUGUUUUCUGAGAUUGUUUAUAACAUGUCUCCCACAAGAAAGAUCUCAGAUUCUUUAAAAACAUUUGGAAUGAAUGACAAGGAUACCACACUCCUCUGUGUGGUGCUGAACAAAGAAGAUAUGGUACUUGUAUGUUCUCAAGUUAAAGGGGAAUUGGCAAAUCCUGUAAAGAGUAAUUUUGGAAUGUGUGAUGAAGAGGAGCUAAGAAAAAUUUACAAAAUCAAAGAAGUAGAAAUGAAAACUGUAUCAUUGUCGGAUUCUAUUAUCAACAGAAUUUCCACUAAAGAGAUAGUUACAUUGUAGCCCAUAGUCAAAAACUAAAUAUUGAGUAGUGGAAUCAACUUUAUUCUUCAUUCAUAUUUGAUUGUACACUUCACAAUUUUCACUUCAUCAGUUGGCCUGUCAUCUUUAUCGGUUUCAACAAACCCAAUCCGUUUCACAACAGACAUGCCAGAGUAAAUCCUUCCAAAUAUGGAGUGCUUGCCAUCAAGCCAUUGUGUUGGGGCUAAAAUAAAUUCGAAAAUUUA